GUCCGUCCACUCUCACGUCCAUUCUCACACUCAAAGGCAACCUCGACAAUCACUCCAACCACUCCAUCCCCACAACUCCCACUCCCUUUCACUCUAUCCGCCAUGUCUUCCACUCGGCGUGUUGCUAUCGUCACUGGUUCUUCCCGAGGUAUCGGUCGCGCCAUUGCCCUGCGUCUCGCCAAGGACGGAUAUAAUGUCGUCAUCAAUUACCUGUCCAACGCAUCCAAGGCUCAGGAGGUCGUUGAGGCCAUCCAGAGCUCCUCCGAGUCGAAGGCGAUCGCCCUCAAGGGCGAUGUCGGAUCCCUCGCAGAAGGUGAAAAGCUCAUUCAGGAGACCUUGAAGGUCUUUGGACGCAUCGACACCGUUGUCUUCAACGCCGCCUGGAUUGUUUACCAGGCCAUCCACGAUGUCACAGAGGAGUCGUACGAAGAGGCUUUCCGCACCAACGUCAAGGCACCAUUGUUCUUCACCAAGCAGCUUCUCCCGUACCUCCAGUCUGGCUCGCGUUUGAUUUAUCUGUCGUCAUCGUUGACCUCUGUUUCGGGUGUGGGGCCGAACAACUUUUUAUAUUGUGCGACCAAGGGGGCGGUCGAACAGAUGGUCCGGACAUUGGCCAAGGAUCUUGGUGGAAAGGGGAUCACGGUCAACUGUAUCAAUCCCGGUCCUACCGACACGGACGGAUUCCGCACAGGGAAGACGGAGGAGCAGAUCAAGUUCAUUGCAGGACUGAGUCCAGUCGGACGAUUGGGACAGCCCGACGAUAUCGCGGGUGCGGUUUCAUUUAUAGCAAGCGAGUCGUCUGCAUGGGUCAACGGACAGAUCCUCCGCGUCAACGGAGGCAUGGCCCUCUAAUUCGUGUUCUGAGGAGUAUUUUAAAGAUAGGAGUGAAUAAAAUUGUACGUCCUACUUGGUGGCAAAAAAGAAAAAAAAAGAAAAAA